AUGUUGACCGAAUUUUUUGCUAUAAAUGCAAUUGAUGAACAUGCUAUAGCUAUGCAAUUAUUGUAUAAGGAAUUUCCGGAAUAUUUUGUAUGGUCUCCAGGAUAUAGAACGUGGACACGUCGCCAAAAACAUAACGUAAUCGGACGUGUUGUAACAUGUCACCCAACAGAAGGAGAGAGGUAUUAUCUCAGGUUAUUAUUGAUGAACGUGAGAGGACCUAAAUCAUAUGAAGAUCUUCGCACCAUUAACGAGGUACCCUGUAGUACAUUUAGAGAAUCAGCAGAAAAAAGAGGAUUAUUAUAUUGUAACAACAGUUUAAUUGAAUGUAUGUCGGAGGCGGUAAGCUAUCAAAUGCCAUAUAGCUUGAGACGUUUAUUUGCAACAUUGUUAGUAUAUUGCAAUUCUGCUAAUCCAAAAACAUUAUGGGAAAUGUUUGAAGAUUCAAUGUCCAAAGACUUUAAACAUUUCUCUGAUUUUGAAGAAAAAGUUGUUCGGCACAAGGUUUUAAGCCAUAUCAAUGAUAUUUUGUACUCUAUGGGACAUGACAUAAAUGAGUAUAAACUUAUUCUAGAGAAGAUUAGACCUUCUGAAAUUGCAAAGGAUGCAAAGGAUGUUCAUUUUGAAAGAAAUAUAUUUGUUAGUGAACAAGACUUGCUCUUACCGAAGAGACUGAAUGUUCAACAAUUACGCGCAUAUAAUACAAUAAUUGAUAGAGUAUUCUCUGGAAAACAAGGAGCUUUCUUCAUCGACGGUCCUGGAGGAACAGGUAAAACUUUUUUGUACCGUGCACUAUUGGAAACUAUCCGAUCUCAAGGAUUUAUAGCUUUAGCAACUGCAACUUCUGGUGUGGCAGCUUCUAUCCUUCCAGGAGGACGGACUGCUCACUCACGGUUCAAAAUGCCUGUUGAUAUAGAUGAUAAUUUUUGCUGCAACAUUAGUAAACAAAGUUCAGUCGCACGUUUAAUUAGAGAUGCAAAAUUAAUUGUAUGGGAUGAGGCAUCAAUGGCAAAAAAGAAUAUGAUUGAAGCUCUUGAUGUACUUCUGAGAGAUAUUAUGGACGCCGAUACAAUGUUCGGUGGUAAAGUUGUUUUAUUUGGAGGUGACUUUAGACAAACUCUACCAGUUGUUCGAAAUGGAAAAAAAGAAGAUUUUAUUCACGAAAGCUUAUUGUAUUCUAAAAUUUGGAAUAAACUUGAAAAAUUGUACCUAUCUGAAAAUAUGCGCGCAAGAACAGAUCCUUCUUUUUGUGAAUAUUUACUCCGAAUUGGAAAUGGAACAGAAAGAACUAACUGUGAAGACAAAAUAGAGAUUCCUGAUUCCUUUGUUAUUCCUUUUACGACCGAAGAAGAAUCCUUAAAUGCAUUGUUUAGUGUAACGUAUCCUGAUUUGCAUGCAUUUUCUCCUGAUUCAUCUAUGAUAACUUCUCCUGUUAUUUUAACAACGAAGAAUGACUUUGUAAACGAACUAAAUAAUUUGUUAAUCACUAAAUUCCCAAAAAUGUCUAAAACAUUUGUUGCAGUAGAUGAAACUAUUGAACCGAAUGAUCAAAGUCAGUUUGAAGAUUUUCUACAUAGUUUAGAUCCUCCCGGUUUAUCUCCUUAUAAGUUAACUUUAAAGAAAAAUUGUCCAGUUAUAUUAUUACGAAAUAUGAAUCCUUGUGAAGGUUUAUGCAACGGCACACGGUUGACAUGCUGUCACUUUAGAACACAUGUCAUAAGUGCAAAAAUUGAAAGUGGUGAUUUCAAAAAUACACAUGUUUUUAUUCCGAGAAUACCAUUGUUAAUAUCACAAGAUGAAAAAAUACCUGUUCAAUUUAAGCGAACACAAUUUCCCCUACGAUUGUGCUUUGCUAUGACCAUAAACAAAGCUCAAGGUCAAACAUUAGAUUUUGUUGGAAUUUACUUACGUGAACCUGUUUUUUCUCAUGGUCAACUUUACGUUGCUUUAUCAAGAGCCAAAAGUGCAAACUGUGUUAAGAUACUGAUUCAACCAUCUACAGCAGACAGUAAUGAUGAUCAUUCAACAUAUAAUGUCGUCUACGACGAAACUAUUCAGAAAGCUUGCUCGUAG